AUGACCUCUUUACCCUCUAUCCCAGUUUCUAUGGAAGAUACAAUCCCAAAUUUAGCACCGGACUCACUACCGAUUACUUGCAUGAUCUGGAAUGUGCAAGGCGCGGGUAGUAGAAAUUUUGUGACUAAUUUGAAAGAUUUGGUCAAGGUGAACAAACCGAAUGUUCUUGCUUUGGUAGAAACUCACAUGGAAGGGGAGCAAGCUGUGAAAAUUGCUUCUAUUCUUGGCUAUGAUGGGCAUACUAGAACUGAUGCAGUUGGUUUUAGUGGGGGGAUUUGGAUAUAUUGGAGAAAGGAUGUGGUUACUGUAAGUCCUAUUUUCCAACAUAACCAACAUAUCACUAUGGAAAUUUCUCGAGUAGGGGCUAUACCUUGGUACUUUACAGCAGUGUAUGCAAGAGAUUUCAAUGACACUCGCUUUCCAUCGGAAAGAAACAAAUCUUGUAGUGAAACAAAUAGAAGAUCAACUUUAUUCAAUGCUUGGGUUGAAAAUAUGGACUUGCUUGAAGUGGAAUUCUCGGGGGCUGCUCAUACGUGGGCUAGAGGCAAGACCCCUGAAACUAGACAAAGUGGUAGAUUAGACAGAGCCUUAUGCAAUGAUCAAUGGGCUAUGAGGGAUACCUUUGGGAAUAUUUUCAAGCAAAAACAAAUACUUCUUGCUCGAAUUGGUGGGAUUCAAAAGAAACUAGCAACUUGGGUUGACAGAGGAUUAUUAAAGCUGGAAGCUAGACUCCGUAAAGAAUUGGAUGAAAUUUUAGAUAGAGAAGAAAUGCUAUGGUACCAAAAAUCACGAAUUACAUGGCUUCAAGAAGGGGAUAAAAAUACAACGUUUUUUCACCUUAGUACAAUUGUGAGGAGAUGGAAAAAUAAAGUGUCAGCAUUGAAGAACAAAGAUGGUCUUUGGGUGCAGGACAAAUGUGAAAUCCAAAAUAUCAUAGUUGAAUUCUUCUCUAAUUUAUUUACUGAAGACGGAGAACAGAACUUGUUGGACAUCCCGCAAGACAUAUUCCCUGAGUUAUCUGAUUCUGACUAG